CACGGCAGCUCUGCCAAGAACAUGCGGCUAAACCCGCUUCUAUUCUUCAUGCAGUUUGUGCUGCUGUGGCCGAAGUCUUUUUUCGGCCCGGUGGUUUCUGCUGAUUCGGUGGCUGCUCCGAUCUUCGGGCACGGCAGCUCUGUCAAGAACAUGCGGCUAAACCCGCUUCUAUUCUUCAUGCAGUUUGUGCUGCUGUGGCCGAAGUCUUUUUUCGGCCCGGUGGUUUCUGCUGAUUCGGUGGCUGCUCCGAUCGGGCACGGCAGCUCUGUCAAGAACAUGCGGCUAAACCCGCUUCUAUUCUUCAUGUCCCAAAUGGCCAAGGAACUUGCCGCUAUAAAUGAAAAUAAAAAACGAGCGGAAGAAAAAUUCACGGAAAUUAACCAGAAGUUAGGGAGCUUCGAAGCUAAGUUGUCGACCCUAGAAGCGACAGUUAAACUUUUUUUUGACAAUGAAGAACGCAUCGUAUCAAUGGAAAGUGUAAUGGCUGAUUUGGUAGACAAGAUUGACGAUCUCGAAAAUAUAAGUCGCCGAAAUAAUCUUGUAAUUUUUGGCGUGCCUGAGACCAAUGACGAGACAGCUGAAUCACUUCAUGGAACCGUAGUGAAUCGACUGUUUUGUGAUACGCUUGGUUUACCAGCUGCAACCACUGAGAGAGUGCACCGCCUCGGGCGUCGAACAGAUGGUAAAACUAGACCAGUCAUGGUGAAGUUUUUAAAUGUUUCAGAGAAGAUGUCAGUUUUGAGAAACUGCCCGAAACUGAAGGGAUCGACGACCUCUAUUUCAGAAGACUUUUCUUUACGUGUUCGAAAUAUUCGCAAACAGCUCUGGGACAGCGCUAUCGAAAAUCGUAAGAAAGGCGAUAAAGUUACUCUAAUCUACAACAAGCUAAAAAUAAAUAAUACACUCUACAUCUGGGACGCCGAAAAACAGACACGAAUAGCACUGAGUCAGCCAAAACCCUCGCGACAAAUAUGACAGUCCAGGCGCAAUGCCACUGAUUCGAUUAGAUUCUUAAAUUUGAAUGCGAGGAGCAUAAUGAAUAAAG